ACUCAUCUCUCUUCAAAACCAAAUCCUCAAAGCAGUUGAUUCUUUCUCUCCCACAAGUCAUCAAGAUCCUACUCUUCUUGAUAUGGCUGAGGUUUUGCGUCCGGAGAUGUUAGAUAUCUCUAACGACACUUCUUCUUUAGCAUCACCGGAGCUUCUUCAUGUUCUUGCCGUUGAUGAUAGCAUGGUUGAUCGGAAGUUCAUCGAACGGUUGCUUAGAGUCUCUUCUUGUAAAGUUACUGUUGUCGAUAGUGCGACAAGAGCUUUACAAUAUCUUGGAUUAGAUGGAGAGAAUAGUUCGGUUGGAUUUGAGGAUCUGAAGAUUAAUUUGAUAAUGACGGAUUACUCUAUGCCUGGGAUGACUGGAUAUGAACUACUGAAGAAGAUCAAAGAAUCAUCAGCUUUCAGAGAAAUACCAGUGGUGAUUAUGUCUUCAGAGAACAUCUUGCCUCGUAUCGAUAGAUGUCUUGAAGAAGGAGCUGAAGAUUUCUUAUUGAAGCCUGUGAAAUUAGCUGAUGUGAAGAGAUUAAGAGAUUCUUUAAUGAAAGCUGAAGAAAGAGCUUUUAAGAAUAUGAUGCACAAGAGAGAGCUCGAAGCUAAUGAUAUCUACUCGCAGCUAAAACGUGCAAAGAUCUGAGUUUAUCAUAUUCCACGAUAUGAUCUUUAGAAGCUCAAAGAUUCACACACAUGCAUGUCCUGAUUCUUCCGGCUUAAAUUUUUUGAGACAUUACAACGUUUUUGCUGAUAGAACGAGUAAGGACUAAAGAGUGAAAAAGAUGGGUUUUCUUAAAAUAGAAAUGUAAAUUGUAG